CUAUAAAGCCGGGUACUUAGCCGACGGCGCUUCAGUUCAGAACUUCAUCUACAACGCGAUCGUACAAUAUAAAUAUAAUCCAAUAUGCUCAAGUAUCUAAUCGUCGCUCUGGCCCUGUGCGCUGUGGCCCAUGCCGAUGAGUGGAAGCCCAAAACUGGCGAGGAGAUCCGGAACAUCCGGGUGGAGUGCCUGAAGGAGACUCCCCUGAGCGGUGACCAGAUUGCCCAGCUGAAGAACCUGGUCUUCCCCGACGAGCCCGAUGUGCGCCAGUAUCUGGCCUGCACGGCCACCAAGUUGGAGAUCUUCUGCAGCGAGCAGGGCUACCAUGCCGACCGCCUGGCCAAGCAGUUCAAGAUGGACCUGUCCGAGGAGGAGGCCCUCCAGAUUGCCCAGGGCUGCAUCGACGACAAUGCGCAGAAGAGUCCCACGGACGUGUGGGCCUUCCGCGGACACCAGUGCAUGAUGGCCAGCAAGAUCGGCGACAAGGUCAAGGCCUUUGUCAAGGCCAAGCAGGAGGAGGCCAAGAAGAAGGCCGCCGCCUAAGAUCCAAAAUAGUCCCUACCCCCACCCCAAAAUAAAGUGUGUGUCAAUCUAUUGUGCUGGAAUGCAAA